AUGAUGAAGAUUCGCCACUCGUUACUGUUCCCCAUCGGGCUCUGCCUCUUCCUCCUCGCGGUCGAUGCCGCCAUCACCAUGGGACUAGUGUCUAACAUGGUCUCUUUCCUGCAUCGGAACGGCCGCGGCCCCUUUGCCGUCGCCCCUGCAGACGGAUCACCGUUCCUCCUCGCCGGCGAGCCGGCGAAUCUAGUCGUUGACCAAGGCCACACGGCCAACGCAGCUGGCGGAACAGCUCUGAUCCUAGUCGGGUUCGGCGGGAGCAUCGCCUUGUGGCUGGAGCGACGGGUACGGAAGAAGUGGGACCGAUCCUCUCCCUUCUUCCACAUCUGGGCCGUUUUCGUCCUGCUCAGCUUCCUCCUCACCAUGGUCGCCCUCAUCUACACCUUCGUCGAGACGGCCAAGACGGGCGGUCAAGUCAUCGACCUCGGCGUCGCUCGCGCGAACCCCCCGCCUGCCAAAUACCCCGACGACAAGUGGACGCCCGAGAACUGGUAUGCCGCCGUGCUGGACUUGCCACUGGCGAGCGCCAAUCAGCGGAGGGUUAUCAACGGCAAUUUAACUAUUAUGCGGGCGUGGCGCUGGAACCUGGUCUCGCUUUUUAUCCUGGGAUUUACACUGCUGAGCCUGGUGGCGCUGGAGGUGCUGAGGGCGCGGCAGAGGGAUUUGCAGCCGGUGUCAAUGGUCGAGGUGCUGGCUGGGCCGUCCAAGCGGCCCAGCGCGUGA